AUGUAUGCGAAUGUGAUUCCGGUUACGGUGGCAAAUACUGCACAUCAAAAUGCCGUUUCAAGCUUUCUUCAUUUUUUUCUUUUUAUCCUGAUCAAAGUUACUCAAAGUUAUUUAGCAUGCUCUGUGGGUCUGUGGGGUCCAUCAUGUCAGAGAAGAUGCGAUUGUGAAAAUGGAGCAAACUGCGAUCCAGAGACAGGCGCAUGCAUUUGUCCUGCAGAUCUGAAUUUUUUGCUGCUUCUAGGAUACCAAGGAAAGAGAUGUGAAGAGGAAUGCCCACCUGAUCGUUAUGGCCCUAAUUGUACGGAGAAGUGCCUUUGUCAGAAUGGUGGCAGAUGUGACAAAGACGGAAAAUGCAAGUGUCUCGAUGGUUUUGCCGGCGAGUUUUGCCUCCGAAAAUGUGAGGAAGGAAAGUUCGGCGCAAAUUGCAAGUUUGAAUGCAAUUGCAAGAAUGGAGCCACUUGUGAUGCGGUAAAUGGACGCUGCCUUUGUGCUGCUGGUUUCACUGGCCCAACAUGUGAAGAUAAAUGUCCAGAUGGAUUUUAUGGCCAAAAUUGUACGCAUAUGUGCGAUUGUCUAAACAAUAACAAA